AAACUUCAUGGCUGUAAUAAUACAGAAAAUAUUGAGAAUUGAAAACUGUAUUAUCAAUAAAAAUUAAUUUUAAUGUACUGUAACAAAAUAUUUGUAAUAAAUAAUAAUAUUUAUUUAAUGCCAAAUAAGAAAACCAAUUAUGCCGCUUGCUAAUUCUGGAGAACCAUGGCAAAUUCAGCGAUCGGAUACAGAGUCUCAAGGGGACCCAGAAGAAACCCAACUUCUCGAAGAUGCAACGUCAAAUUCGAACGAAGGGGAACAUGAAAUUGAGUUGGGAGAGAUAGUAAGAAAUGGCCAUGAUAAAGCCGAUCCUUCUCAAUUUGAACUACUUAAAGUUCUGGGAGAGGGUUCGUUCGGAAAAGUAUUUUUGGUUCGGAAAAUCGUUGGCAACGAUGCUGGCACGUUAUAUGCCAUGAAGGUUCUAAAAAAGGCCACCCUAAAGGUUAGAGACAGAUAUCGGACAAAAAUGGAGAGAAACAUUUUAGUAGACGUUGAACAUCCCUUUAUAGUAAAACUUCACUAUGCUUUCCAAACCGAGGGCAAACUGUACCUUAUUCUUGAUUUUCUAAGAGGCGGAGAUUUAUUUUCACGUUUAAGUAAAGAGGUCAUGUUUACAGUAGAAGAUGUUAAAUUUUAUUUAGCUGAACUAGCAUUAGCUUUACACCACUUGCAUUCCGUGGGCAUUAUUUACAGGGAUUUGAAACCUGAAAACAUAUUACUAGGUGCCGACGGCCAUAUCGCUCUUACCGAUUUUGGUCUCUGUAAAUUGCCUGUAGCUGAAGGAAAGACUUACAGUUUUUGUGGAACUAUAGAAUACAUGGCUCCCGAAGUUGUAAACCGUAACGGUCAUUCUUUCGCCGCCGAUUGGUGGUCUUUUGGAGUACUUAUGUACGAAAUGCUUACAGGAGUUUUACCUUUCCAAGGGCAAGAUAGAAAGGAUACUAUGACUAAAAUCCUAAAGGCCAAACUAGGGAUGCCUUCACAUUUAAGUCCUGAUACUCAAAGCUUACUUAGGGCUUUAUUUAAACGAAACCCAGCCAAUAGAUUGGGUGCAGGUCCUGGUGGUGUCGAGGAUCUUAAACGUCAUGAGUUUUUUGCUUCUAUAGACUUUGAAGCUCUAUUACAGAGGAAAAUUAGACCGCCUUUCCAACCAGCUGUUUGUGGGCCAGAAGACGCUUAUUUUGACUCUGAGUAUACGAGUAAAACUCCUAAAGACUCCCCAGGAAUUCCGGCUAGUGCCAAUGCUCAUGAACUGUUUAGAGGAUUUAGUUUUGUAGCCCCCUGCCUGUUAGAAAACGGCGUCACUUAUAAGAAAACGGUUGAAACGCCGAUGAAGUCAUUCCAAGCACAAGAUAGAAAUUUUUUCGAUGAUUAUAUUUUGCUAAAUUUAUUGGGAACGGGUAGUUACAGUCUUUGUAAACUAGCAAAACAUAAAACUACUGGGCAACAAUAUGCGGUUAAGAUUAUAAAUAAAUCUAUGUGCGACUGUCGAGAAGAAGUAGAACUUCUUUUAAGAUACGGACAGCACCCAGGCAUUGUAAAAUUAAAAGCAGUAUAUGAAGAAGCUACCAAGUUUUAUUUAGUCCUUCAAUUGCUUAAAGGAGGAGACUUACUGGACCAUAUGAUAAAACGAAUCCGACUAACUGAAAGAGAAGCAGCGGUUAUUUUAAAUACCCUAGCGAACACAGUAGCAUAUCUGCACGAAAACGGCGUGGUACAUAGAGAUUUAAAACCCGAAAAUAUUUUAUUUGUUGAUGAAAAUUGUGCUCCUGAUUCCGUAAAAAUCUGUGAUAUGGGAUUUGCAAAACAGCUUAGAGCUGAUAAUGGCUUAUUAAUGACCCCUUGUUAUACUGCAAAUUUCGUAGCACCUGAGGUGUUAAAACGUCAAGGCUACGAUGCAGCUUGUGAUAUAUGGUCCCUAGGUGUGAUUUUAUUCAUUAUGUUGUGUGGGCAGUGUCCUUAUAGUACGGCUCCUAAUGAUAGUCCUCAAAAAAUUCUUCAGCGAAUUAGUUUAGGAAGAUUAAAUAUAAGCCAUAGGUGGAAACACGUAUCGGUAGAAGCAAAAAAAUUGGUGACUGAAAUGCUCGAUAUUUCCCCGCAUCGAAGGCCUACUGCUGCUCAGUUGGUAAAACACCCCUGGCUUAAUGCUCAAGUUGCCGACUACUAUGCUCAAAAUAUGAAGUCUAAUGCACCAGAGAGAGUAAAACAAGUACAAAAUGAUGAAAGCCUGCACUCCACAGAUGAAGGUGUGAGCCAACUAAAAGAAACAGUUGCGGCCACGUACAGGGCGAUAACGACGACCCAGGUGGCCAAUUUGGGUCCCGUAGAUAUGUCAGAGCUAGCCAGGAGACGAGCAAUGGGAGAAGCCGGGCAACACUUGAAAGAAACAGUUGCGGCUACAUUCAGAGCUAUUGCGACUUCUCCCCAAGUAGCUCAUUUAGGCCCCGUCGCGAUGUCCGAAUUAGCGAGACGAAGAUUCCGAGAUAAAGCUGCGCAGCGGGAAUCAUCAACUUAGUUUUAACGGCCUUCAGUCAAUUAUUUCAAAAGGUAUUCAACUAUUGAAAGUGCAAGGAAUUGGAAAGUGCAAUUUAUUACAUCUACCGUUGAAGAUUCUAUUAGGAAAGACGGUAUUGUUAUGUAUACAAGUCUAAAAAGGUUGUGAAACGUGAGUUUUAAAUGAAUUUUUGUCCCAGUAGAAAGCUGUUUGGCAUUACUAUAUGUUGUCUUCUUGUUCUAAAAUAAUUUUUUCUAAUACGGCAAACCUCAAAUGAGUCUUUGAAAUAUGUUCCUUGAGAUCAUUACCGUUUUAAUGUUAUAAGAAUAGUUGUAUUAUUGCCAGUUAUAGUUUAUAGAUUAGUAUACUUAGUUUAAUUUAUUUUUUUAUGUUUUCGUGCAUUUAAAACAUUUAUUUAAGUAUAAAGAGGUUACAUUGAAUGCAAUGGAAUUUAAUAACUAUUGCAGGACAUACAUAUAUUAACCCAAAGAUCCUUGAAUAUGAAUGUAUCCUAAUGUGAGCCCCAAUGUCAAUAAAUGUCUAUAUAUUUUAAACUAUAUAUAAAUUAGCUUAAAAGUGCCAAUCAAAUGCUAAACUCCAGUAAAUAUAUUUAUAUUUUUUUAAGCAGAAAAAUUAUUUCAAAAACAAAUAAAUUUUUCGUUGUAAAAUUUAGUAUUAACUAACAUAGCUGGUGGACUGAACGGCCUUAGCUAAAUGUUAUAGAUCAGAAAUAAUUUAAUGUAAACAAGUCAAAUAAUAUUUUUGUCAUGAAGUAACAAAUUAUAAACCUCUUUGUCUUCUCUAUCUCUCCGGCAUUGUUUUUAACGUAACUUUAAAUUGUAUUAAGUUUGCGCAUCAGUGGCUAGAGGGCAUGAAUGUACCUGAUAAUUUUAAGCAAUCAAUGUAAACUUUUAUUUAAAUUGUAAGUGUGUUGUUCACUUUUCCAGUGAUGUUUUAGUUUAUUAUACUAGAUUUAUAGAAAGCGUAAAUGAUUUGGAUAUAUUAUAAACCAUAAGAAGCAAAAAAAGUGUUUCAUGAAAAUUAUUUGAUCCAACACUUACAUUUUCUAAAGUUAUUCAUUUAUUUAUUUUUUAAACAAAAAAUUAUUUGUUGUAACUUUUGUAUCGGAAAUAACUUGUCUAUAUGACAAUUACAUUUUAGAUACAUUAUUUUAAGAAAAUUUGUGAAAAUGCAUAUAUUGUCCUAAUAAACACAUUUAUUAUUAUUAUAUUCUUAGAUAUUCCGAUAGGCUGAAAUGUUUUAAGUUUAUUACCUUACUAGUGUGGAAAUUUAUUUGUAAUCGCAAGAGAAUGAAUAAUGAAAUGAGUAUUUACAGCUUUUUCUUUUGCUUCUUAUGGUAUACGCGAGAACAAAGCUUUAUUGACAUCUUGUAUAUAAUAUUUUUUUGAUGUCAUAGAUUGAUUCAAUGUCUAUAUUAUUAAUUAUUCAAUGCAAAAAAACAACCCGUUUCACGCCUUAUUGUGAAAAUAGUUCUGUAUUUUUUUAAAACAUGUGCAGAGGAAUUCUAAAGUCGGAAAAUGUUUAAUUAUUCUUAUAAUAAAAUUAAUUGCUAAAUUAAAGUCGAACCCAUCGACAUUGACGCUCGCAUUCAUAAUUUAAACCUAAUUGUUGAAAUUUAUUAUACUCUUUUUUGCUCGCAUUGAUAAUGCAAUAAUUAUAUAAAGUAUAUUUAUCUUUAGUCACUCAAAAAUCUUUUAUAAUGCACUAAACAGAAUAACAUUUAGAUAAUAAUUCUGUUCACCAUUUUACAUAUUGUUUAGACGAAUAUCUUACUUUGGAAUGACCCUGCAUAGAUAUUUGAACAACAGAUUAGCCUAGUGUCAGAAGAAUGGAAAUAUUUUAUAAAAUUUUUGCCUAGACAUGCGCUUACAGUGAUCAACUUCAAACCAAAACAAUCAACAAAAAUAGGAUAAUAAAUACGCUUAAGUUACAACAAAUAUUAUAUGUUUUAAAAGUCCACUAGCCAAGGUCUUCAGCUAUAUCUCUAUUGGUAGUUCAUAAUGCAAGUAAAAAUUAGAAGAAUCGAACCGAAAACGUAUAAAACUAAAGAUGUUAAAACUAAAGUGAAAAUAUCCUCUAAAGUAGGUAAAUUACCAUCGCAUGCUUACUUUAACUUGAAAUAAAGCCAAAUAAUUUCUCAUUAAAUCAUUAUAACUAAUUGUCAAUUAAUUUAUAAGCAUAUUAGCGGCUUUUUAGUAAGGACAUAGUUUAACCUCCAUUUAGCAACAUUUCUGUAUGGUAUAUAAUUAGUAAAACUGUUGUUUGUUUAAACAUGUUCUAGCUUUAAAAUCUCAUUUCCUCAGAUUGUGGCGUUUGUUGUGUUUUCUUCAUUUGAAGUAUAUACUAGAAAAUAUGCUUUUUUAUAAUGUCAUACAGGAUUCAAAAUUUAAAAAAAUAUAUCAUUCCCUUACUCUUAUUACUUAUAAUUGAUAUAACUGAAACCGAUUGUAACUGGACAUUCAACCUAAUUAGAAAUGAUGUGAUGUGAGUUGUAUACUUUAGCAAUGAAAAAAAAAAUAGUAUUUUAACAUAAAAAAAAUUAUAAGAGAUGUUGUUAUAAC